GAUGGCCGUUUGAGGAUAUAGUUGUGUCACCAGUAGCUAACAAACUCGUUAGCUAGAAAUAAUUGAAAAUGGGAUUCAAAGUUUCCAUUUUUAGUAUUUUUUUGGUGCUGGUUGCUAUUAGUGACGCAAAACACUCUAUUAAAUCCAGGCUAUCGGAUGGAAGUUGUAUUAUAACAUGUAAACCAGCUGGUCACUCUGGGUCAACUGAGCCAAGUUUAGUUACGUCUAGUGGAGGAACUAAGCCCGGUUCUGGAGGUCCCACUCCCAUUUCUAAUUCUACGACCAAGACUUCUGAGCCUGUGACCUCCACUUCUGCUCCUACGACCAAGGUUUCUGAGCAUGUGACCUCCACUUCUGCUCCUACGACCAAGGUUUCUGAGCCUAUGACCUCCACUUCUGCUCCUACAACCAAGACUUCUGAGCCUGUGACCCACAGUUCUGCUCCUACGAGCCAACCUUCUGUUCCUCAGACCCACACGACUACUCCUGCGAGCCCCACUUCUGCUCCUGAGCCCACCCCUUCUGCUCCUAGUUCAGCUGUUACCACUUCUUCACCUACUUCCAGUCCUACUAGGCCUCCCACGUGCCCAUGUUACUGCAGUGUGGGCAGUACAGUAUACAGAGGAGGUCCAUCUGAGGGUAACAGCCGUUCGCACCAUUUAGGUCACGAAUCCCAUUCCAGACAGGCUUCUCAUUUGCUUGGACACGAAAAGCACCAAGAAUCUCAACAUGGAGCUCAUGAAAAUAGGGCGCAUGUUCAUGGACAUGAGCGAGAGCACGAACAUCAUCAACACGAGCGUGCACAACAUCAUGAAAAUGAGCGCCAUCACCAAUAUGCACAACAUCAUGAACAUGAGCGCCAUCAGGAACAUGCACAACAUCAUGAACAUGAGCGCCAUCACGAACGAGCACAACAUCAUGAACAUGAACGACGUCACGGACAUGAACGAGCGCAACAUCAUGAUCAUGAACGACGUCCCGAACAUGAGCGACGUUCCCACCCAGAACACGGAGUAGUGAAGUCGCAUGAGAAUAGAGCACAUCCCUCAAAAUUGGCACAUGAACACGAAAGGCAUCAUCCGAUAGAGCAUGCAGUUCAUGAUACCAGGCUGCACAAGGAAAGUCACUAGAUCGGGAUAACUGUGAUAAGUAGCAGCUUGUUAGACGUUUUUUUUUAAUGAGCUGGUAUUUAAUGAAAAAAUGAUUGAUUUAUGACAAACCGACUUUGCAAUGGCUACGAAUAUUGGAUAUUUAAAUUCGAGUUUCACCCAAUUAGUGUAAGUGCAUACCAUUUUAUUUUUUGAACGUAUAUUUAGAGGGAAUAAACCAAAUGAAACUAA